UUUUUUCUAUCGUGUUUGUGACAAGUUCCUCUAACACAGUCGUUUGCUAAGAGAGAGAGAUCGAAAGAGAAGAAAAAUGGCACUGAGAGCAGCCAUACUCCGCCAUGUUCGCGUACCACUCCAAGCUACUCCCAAAUUGCAACCAUGGAAUGGUUCCAUUCGCUCCAUGUCUUCACACGAUGAUCAUAUCACCAAAGAAGAAGUCGUCGAUCGAGUACUCUCUGUCGUCAAAGAUUUCCCCAAAGUCGAUCCUUCCAAGGUGACUCCAGAAGUGCAUUUUCAGAAGGAUUUGGGUUUGGACAGCUUAGACACUGUGGAAAUCGUAAUGGCACUUGAAGAAGAGUUCAAGCUGGAAAUCCCAGACAAGGAAGCUGAUAAAAUUGACUCUUUACCGCUUGCUAUUGAGUACAUUUCUAACCACCCCAUGUCUAGUUAAGUGAAUCAAAGUGUCAUUUUCAAAUUCGGAUUGCAACCUUUACCUUCCCCUUCUUUGACUGGAUGAUUCUAGAAUUUGGUAUUUCUUGUUAUCUUUGCCUUUACACUUUCAAAUUGAAGUGAAGGGGUAGGUUGUUGAAAAUAAUAUGAAUUGUUCUGAAACAAGUUUGUCAUUGAAGAACAAAUACUGGUUUCUUGAAGUGUUUUAAUUUCAA